AUGGAGGUAUCCAAUGGACUGCAGACACAGUCGUGUCAGACAGAUGAUGUGGCAUUGGUCUCACACUACCCGGCCAAUCUGUUGUUUGCCCAGGGCAUGUUGAACACUACUUUGCUCCAAUUGCAGCAGGUUGAGUUGCAGAUAUCCCGCCUGCACGAGUACGUCCAAGAGCACAGGCGACUGCAGGAGACCUGUGACAAAGAUGCUUUUCAGCGUUCGCGCUUCGGUUUCAGUGGAGAAGCAGAGGCAGUCGUCGCUGCGGCCAACGCUCUGACGGCCUAUGCGGAGGGCUGGCCUGGAAACCAACCCGCUGAGCCGGAUGAAGCCCAAGAAGGGCAGCCUGCAGCAGCGCCUGACGCUGCAAACGCUGCACCAGACGCAGCAGCGCAGGAAGCAGCGGCACAGAGGCCGGUGCACAGAAGAAGGCUAUCUCUCCUUUUCAAGGUGUUCAUGGUGAUGAUCCUUCUGGAGGUGAAGCUCCUUGGGUGGUACCUCUUGUACCUUCUCCUGGCGCUCCUCUACUUAGGUGGAGUUUUCGACCCUUGGAUCGAGUGGUGUCAAAAUCUGGCAAACACACAAGUCACGCUCGAGCACCAGCUCAACGCCUUGCGAAGAGAACAGCAGGCAGCCAAUGAAGCGGCCUCUGCUGGCGUCAAUGCUGGAGAAGCCGCGGGGGUGGGGACCGGUGGUGAAGCAUCGGAAGGCAGCUCAGGCAGCCAAGCUCAAGCUGCCACAGAGCAGGAGGACAGCCAAAGGCAGGGAGAACCUGCAGAAGUUGCACCUUCUGCCAGUGGUGAUGCGACAAGCGCGACACCCGAUGCGCCAGCAGCAGCACCGGCUCAGCCACAGCCGCCGCCCUAUUGGCAGCGCUUCAUCUACCAGCUGUUUGUCAUGUUCUUUCUCACCCUGCUGCCCUGGUGGAACCCGAACCCGAGGUUCCUGUAG